UCAGCCUAGGUGCUACCGUACGCAUACACAUUUUUUGACAUCUACAGUGACAAGCUGCACAGUGCACUUGCGCAACGUGCCAUUCUGGCUAUUGGCAUUGUGGUAUGGCAUCUUCUACUAUACCACCGCCUCUCUCUAUGCUUGAAAGUUUUCUUUGCGGUGGACUGGCAGGAUGCAUAGCUGUCACUGUCAGCAAUCCUGCGGAAGUAGCCAAGACGCGUUUGCAACUCCAGGGUGAGCUUGUCAAAGGUGGGGGGAAACGAGUCUAUAAGGAUGUUUUGGAUGUUUUGGCAAAAACUUGGAGAAAUGAGGGUAUCCGGGGCUUGCAAAGAGGACUUGGACCCGCGUAUGUUUACCAGAUACUUUUGAAUGGAUCACGUCUGGGGUUCUACGAGCCGUUCCGACGGACAAUCAACCGCUCGAUAGGUAGAUCUAUCACCGACCAGAUACCAUUCACUUCUGCCGUAGCUGGUGCUGCAAGUGGUAUAAUAGGAGCUUCGCUCGGGAACCCACUCUUCCUGAUCAAAGCAAGAAUGCAAGCAUAUUCUCCUAUAUUACCAGUUGGCACACAACAUUACUACAAGAGCUCGUUUGACGCAUUGGUCACUAUUUUUAGGACAGAAAAGUUUUGGGGUCUACUACGGGGUAUGGAUGCAGCCAUUCUACGGACAGCUAUGGGAUCUUCGGUUCAGCUUCCUACGUACAAAUGGACUAAAAACCAGCUUGGCUCGCACGGAUUACUUCCCUCAAACAGCAUACUGACUUACCUUGUUAGUUCGUCCGUGUCUGGAGUUUGUGUGUGCAUUGUCAUGCAGCCUGCUGACACGGCCUUAACCCGGGUAUACAACCAACCAACAACACGCACGCCCGAUGGCCGUUUAUCAGGGAUGCUGUAUAGGAAUCCCAUCGACUGUCUCUGGAAGACUUUCAGGACCGAGGGCGUGUUCGGGUGGUACAAGGGUUCAACUGCACAGUUUCUUCGUGUUGCACCUCAUACCAUUAUUACCCUUACUGUGAACGAUAUCAUCUUAGGUUUGUAUAAGGACAUCCGUAAUCGUAGAUCAUGACCUCAACCUGAUAUCUUUCUUCAUACUGAGC